GCUGGUCCGGCGCCCGCGCGCCCCCGGCGGCCCCCAGUGCGCAGGCGCGGCCGCAUUCCCGGCAGUGACGCGGCGGCGGGCGCGCGCGGCGCAUUUCCGCCUCGGCGAAUGGCCCGGCUGUAGCGCGCGCCCGGGCCCAGCUGCGACCCCGGCCCCGGCCCCGCCCCCGGGACCCCGGCCAUGGACCGCGAGGACCUGUUCCCCCUCAUCUUCCCGUCGGAGCCCGCGCCCGCCCCCGGGCCCUACGUGGAGGUCAUCGAGCAGCCCAAGCAGCGCGGGAUGCGCUUCCGCUACAAGUGCGAGGGCCGCUCGGCCGGCAGCAUCCCGGGCGAGAGGAGCACGGACACCACCAAGACCCACCCCACCAUCAAGAUCAAUGGCUACACCGGCCCGGGGACAGUCCGCAUCUCCCUGGUCACCAAGGACCCCCCUCACCGGCCUCACCCCCACGAGCUGGUGGGGAAAGACUGUCGCGAUGGCUUCUACGAGGCCGAGCUCUGCCCCGACCGCUGCAUCCACAGCUUCCAGAACCUGGGCAUCCAGUGCGUGAAGAAGCGGGACCUGGAGCAGGCCAUCAGCCAGCGCAUCCAGACCAACAACAACCCCUUCCAAGUCCCUGUAGAGGAGCAGCGGGGAGACUACGACCUGAACGCCGUGCGGCUCUGCUUCCAGGUGACGGUGCGGGACCUGGCAGGCAGGCCCCUCCGCCUGCCCCCCGUCCUCUCUCACCCCAUCUUUGACAACCGUGCGCCCAACACUGCAGAGCUCAAGAUCUGCCGAGUGAACCGCAAUUCGGGCAGCUGCCUGGGCGGGGACGAGAUCUUCCUGCUGUGUGACAAGGUGCAGAAAGAGGACAUCGAGGUCUACUUCACGGGGCCGGGCUGGGAGGCCCGUGGCUCCUUCUCGCAGGCGGACGUACAUCGGCAGGUGGCCAUCGUGUUCCGGACGCCGCCCUACGCCGACCCCAGCCUGCAGGCCCCCGUGCGUGUGUCCAUGCAGCUGCGGCGGCCCUCGGACCGCGAGCUCAGCGAGCCCAUGGAGUUCCAGUACCUGCCCGACACAGAUGACCGCCACCGGAUUGAGGAGAAGCGCAAGAGGACCUACGAGACCUUCAAGAGCAUCAUGAAGAAGAGCCCGUUCAGCGGGCCCACCGACCCUCGGCCUCCCAGCCGCCGCAUUGCCGUGCCCACCCGCAGCGCCCCUUCCGUCCCCAAGCCAGCACCCCAGCCCUACCCCUUCACACCCUCCCUCAGCACCAUCAACUUCGAGGAGUUUAACCCCAUGGUGUAUAUGGGGCAGGUCUCAAGCCAGCCCCAGGCCUUGGCCCCGUCCCCCGCCCCCGCCCCGGCCCAGACCCCGGCCCCUACACUAGCCAUGGCGCCUCUGGCGCAGGCCCCAGCCCCUGGCCCCGUCCUAGCCCCGGGCCUCACGCAGGCCGGGCCCUCGCCCGCCCCGAAGCUCGGCCAGGCUGGGGAAGGGACGCUGAGUGAGGCCCUGCUGCAGCUGCAGUUUGACGCCGACGAGGACCUGGGGGCCCUGCUUGGCGGCAACCCUGACCCCACUGUGUUCACCGACCUGUCCUCCGUUGACAACUCCGAGUUCCAGCAGCUGCUGAACCAGGGCGUCUCCAUAGCCCCCAGCACCUCGGAGCCCAUGCUGAUGGAGUACCCUGAGGCGAUCACUCGCCUGAUGACGGGGUCCCAGAGGCCCCCCGACCCAGCUCCUGCCCCCCUGGGCACCCCCGGGCUGCCCAAUGGCCUCCUGACGGGGGACGAAGACUUCUCUUCCAUCGCUGACAUGGACUUCUCAGCUCUCCUGAGUCAGAUCAGCUCCUAAGGGGCUGGCCCCUGCCCUGCCCAGAGCACCAGCUUCCAGGGGCUCAAAGCCCCCCAAAGUGAGCACUUAGGGGUGCUGGGGGCAAAGCUCCAGCCAGUUCCACCGACUUGGGUAAUGGCGCCCUUGGGUUUCAUUGUAUUUUACUAUUGGCAGUUCUCUCUUUCUCUCUCUCUCUUUUUGGAGGUGCUUAAGUAGAAGCAUUAACUUCUCUGGAAAGGGGGGAGCCAGAAGGACUCAGUCAUUCUUCCCUUGUCCUGAUGCUCAGUUCCUGUCUCUGUAGGGAUCUGGGGGCCCUGUCCCCACCUUCCAGCUCCUUGCGCUCUCCUAGAGAGGACAGGAAGGAGCUGUGGCCUCUGAGGCCGCCCAGCCUUACUUCCAAGCGUCUUCCUAAGUUCAGGGGUUCAUUUGCACCACCGCACAGUCAGCCCGGCUCCCCGCCCUCUGCGGCACCAGCAUCUGAGGGGCUGGCCUUCCUGUCCCGCCAGCCGGCUCCUUGCUCAGCCGCGACAGAGCAGAACUCGAGGGCCGGACAGAGGACUUGUGACCAGAGACACGUCUGCCCCCCUUUCCUCAAGUGCCUUAAGAGCGGGGCGAGUUGGUUGGAGAGCAGGGGGUGGGAUGGGCAGGCCGCUCUCCAGCCAGGAUUUUACUAAAGAACCAAAGCAGUUGGACUUGCUCUUUCCAUUCUAAACUAAUAAACUCGUUGCCAAGCUGC